UAGAACGACGUCUCCGGUUGAUGUACUGCAGGACUGCGAAACGGGUCGGUCGGUUUACAGUCAGUCAGCCAGUCAGUCAGUUAGUCCCCGGGAAGUGCUUGAGAAGUUGUCUGAUUCUUUGUUCGAAAUUGUCCGAGGGAAUUGUGAAAUUUGUGACAAGUGAUCCGCUGGAGAAAAAAAUAAAUAAUUGGAGAACAGAUUUACCGCAUUGGGAAAAAAAUUCGGCUGAGAAGAACAAGAAGAGCAACAACCGAGGAUUCGUUCUGAAGUGGAUGGAGGAAGAGGUUUUGUGAGAGUGCAAAGUUUUGAAAAUUCCGUGGAACUGUGGUGGAAAAUGGCAAAUUUGAUGAUUUACAAAGUGGUCAAGUGUCGACUAAAAGCGAUUUCCGAGCGGAAGAUGGUUUGCGAAGAACCGAAGAGAGGAUAAAGCUAGCGAAAGUUCCCGGAUGAUUCUGUGUGCGGAAAAUUUAAGGGUUCUGGGCUCCAGCUAGAGAAAGGAUUACGUGACAGCAAUAGACUUGCUUUGCAGUAAAUGUUCCUAGAAAAAGACGUGAAAAUUAUUUGGCAUAAAUCUAAUCUUAAAGCUUUCCAUCGUUGACAACCGUGUGUGGGGAAAAAAGUGAAAAACUGAUAGAACAAAACAGAGGAAAACUGAUCCUAGUGAAACAAAUUGCCAAUACGAAAAAAAAAUCACCCCUUUGAAAAGAAGAAAAGCUCCCAAAGUGUUACAACACAUACACGCAAGCGGGGUGAGAGCGAGAAGCCAUCACUCCCCUUCGAGUGAGAGUGAGCAGGUCCCAAAUGGGCCAAAGGGAAAACAGCGUGAGUGUUUUGGAAAAGUGACAAAAACGGCGUUUGGUGGUGCGUCUGUGUGUUAGUGAAGGUAAUGCGAUUAGAACUUUUUCGCCAGUGAAACAACAGUGAGUGCACAGAGCGAGAGAUCGAUCGAGAAAGAGUGAGGGAGUGAGUGAGAGCGGGAAGCUCUCGCACCAGUGUGGUGAGACCAAGAUGGCGUCGGCGCCUAAAGUUAUUCCAGCAGCAGCAGCAGGUCAGGAGGAGCAAGCUGCUCUUCGUGCCCCUUCCAGCAGCAGCUGCACCGUCAACGGACGCCAUCGUUCUCGGUUCUACAACUGUCAGCAGCCCAGCUGCUCCUGCUCCACCUCCCCCAACUCCAGCGAAUGCAUCCGGCACAGUCGUAACAAUAAUCAUAAUCGCAAUAAUAAUAACCGUAACAGUUGCAACCGUCGCCGCCGACGGUUAGAUCUUAUGAGUGCGUCUCGAGUGUGGCUGUCGGUGGGCCUGGUCCUGGGCUAUCUCGGGUGCCUGGGAGCCGGUUUCGUGCUGGAUGGAUCGCAGAAUAGCUUCGCCCAGUUCCGGAAGUGGUACACCGGACUGAAUGGCACCCUGGAGCUGGAGUUUAAAACCGAACAGCCGAACGGGUUGGUGCUCUACACCGACGACGGGGGGACGUACGACUUUUUCGAGCUGAAACUGGUGGAGGGGGCACUGAGGUUACGCUACAACUUGGGUGGUGGAGCGCAGAUUAUCACCGUCGGGCGGGAUCUGCACGACGGACACUGGCACAAGGUUCAGGUCCUCCGCAACGACGAGCACUCCACCCUGACCGUCGAUGGCGUGUCCCAGAGCCGGACCUCCCGAGGGAAGGAAUUCCUGUUUGGGAAGUUCGCCACCAACUCGGACGUGUUUGUCGGUGGCAUGCCCAAGUGGUACAACUCCAAGCUGGCCCUGCUGGCACUGCCGAGCGUCAUUUUCGAGCCGCGGUUCCGCGGCUCGGUGCGCAAUCUCGUCUACUCCGAUCAGCCCGGAGUGUCCCCGCGGCGGCAGGAGAUGCGCCAGCCCCGGGACAUUAAGUGCGGUGACUCACCUUGUGAUUUGACGGCCAUUCCACGGGAAAAAGUGACACGGCAGGACAGCACGCACCUUCCCUACCACCACCACCACCACCAUCACCAGCACAACUACAGUCACAAAGUGCCCGGCGGCCCACGGCCAACGACGCUGGCUGGCAUCGCCACCGCCACUACCAGGACGGCACGUGACGCACAAUUUUCCGGCGUCUAUCCGCCCAACUACGACCUGGUGCACAACUGCAUCCGGACACUGCCCACUGCCCACGGCGACGACGCCGACAACAGCAAGGGAACGCGCAGCAACGUGACGGACGCCUGCGAGCGGCACGAUCCCUGCCAGCAUGGCGGCAUCUGCAUAUCGACCGACUCCGGACCCAUCUGCGAGUGCCGAAAUCUGGAGUACGAGGGGCCCUACUGCGAACGAGAUAAAGCCCCCUCGGAGGCAACCUUUCGCGGGACGGAGUUCCUCUCGUACGACCUGGGCCAAACCGGCGGAGAACCGAUAGUAAGCGCACAAGACGCCAUCACGCUCUACUUCCGGACUCGGCAACCGAAUGGGCUGCUGUUCUAUACAGGUCACGGCACCGACUACCUGAACCUGGCGCUCCGCGACGGGGGCGUCUCGCUCACGAUGGGACUCUCGAACGGCAAACAGGAGAUGCACAUCAAACCGGCACGGGUUCGCUUCGACGACCACCAGUGGCACAAAGUCACCGUCCACCGACGGAUACAGGAGAUCUCAUCGAUAACAAGCUUCUGUCGGCUGGUAGCCGUGGUGGACGAUGUUUACACUGACCAUUCGCACAUUGCCGGCAAGUUUACGAUGCUCUCGUCGUCCCGGGUCUACGUCGGUGGUGCAGUAAACCCGCGGGCCCUGCUGGGAGCCCGGGUUCACAACAACUUUGUCGGAUGUCUACGAAAGGUGGAAUUUUCGGCCGAUACCCUCCGGUUGAACCUGAUCGACUUGGCCCGGACCGGUUCGAAGCUGAUACAGGUGGCCGGACGGGUCGACUACCAGUGUCCGAGCGGGGAUCCGCAGGAUCCGGUGACCUUCACUACGCGCGAGUCCUAUCUGCUCCUACCGCCGUGGAAUGUUUCGAAGCAGAGUAUGCUGUCGUUCAAGUUUCGCACAAAUGAACCGAACGGAUUGAUCAUCCUGAACACUGUGAUACAGCUAUCGAGGCCGGACUUCUUCGCGGUUGAACUGCUGAACGGGCACAUCUACAUCCACAUGGAGCUGGGAUCGGGAGCGGUUAAGGUCCGAGCGUCAAGACGACGGGUAGACGAUGGCGUUUGGCACGAGCUGACGAUGAAGCGGAAUGGGCGCGAAGGAAAGGUGGGCGUCGAUGGACAGUCGAACGACUUCCGGAUGCCUGGCGAAUCGACGCAGCUGGAACUGGAUAGUCCCAUGUACGUGGGAGGCAUCGGGCCACCCUAUGCAGAUGUAGUGAUUCCGCCGGCGAUCUGGACAGCUACGCUACGUCAGGGUUUUGUCGGAUGUUUAAGGGAUCUGUUGCUAAUGGGGAAACCGGUCGACAUAGCUGCCUACGCUAGGCAGCAGGAUUCAGGAGCCAUCAAACUGUCCUGCCACGUGGUGGCAAAUCAAUGCGGCGGCUCGGUGUCCCCAUGUCAAAACGGAGGUCAAUGUACGGAAGGUUGGAACCGACCGCUGUGCGACUGUUCGGCAACACUGUUCACCGGUCCGACGUGUGGUCGCGAGUCGGCAACCCUGGCGUUCAACGGCUCGCAGCACAUGGCCAUCUGGAUCGGUGGCACUCAGGGUACCCGAACACAAACCGAAGAGCUGGUGAUACGGUUCAAAACUUCCCGCCCGGCCGGCCUCCUACUGCUGACCAGUGCCGAGUCGAGCUCAUCCGAUCGACUCGAAAUCGGACUGGUAGCGGGCCGCGUACGGGCAAACGUCAAACUAGGUGAACGCGAGAAGAAUCUACUGGCCGGCCAGGGCGUCCUGAACGACAACAACUGGCACACGGUGAGAUUCUCCAGGCGGGCGUCCAAUCUGCGACUGCAAGUUGACGGGGCACCUCCCGUCAGGGGUACGUUAUCGGAAGCAAUCCUCGGAAAGCACAGCACCCUGGAGGUGAAAUCGCUGCACCUGGGCGGCCUGUUCCACGCCGAGGAGGAGAUCCAGAUGACGGCCGCCAUGCCGAACUUUGUCGGCCAGCUGCAGGGCUUCGUCUACAAUGGGCAUCGCUACAUCGACCUGGUGAAAACGCUCGGUCCGGAGCUGUCGGCCCUGCCGACGACAACCUUCAAGCUGACCGCCCGUUUCAUCAACUCUCCGCCGGGAUCGCCCUACCUGCCGGCCACCUUCCGCUCCAAGCACUCCUACGUCGGUCUACCGAUGCUGAAGGCCUACUCGUCCGUGUUCAUCGACUUCCGCUUCAAAACGCUCGAACCCAACGGUCUGCUGUUCUACAACGGUGGCAAGCUGAGUGACUUCGUAGCGGUCGAACUGGUCAACGGUCACAUCCACUACGUGUUCGAUCUGGGCGAUGGAACGAUUACGGUCCGAGACAAGGCCCGGAUUCACAUGAACGACAACCGGUGGCAUUCGGUGAGCAUCCGGCGACCGGGACCGAAGACUCACACCCUGGCGGUGGAUGAAUCGAUCGAAAUCUACACCGCCAGUGGGAACAACAUGCACCUGGAGUUGGAGGGCAUUCUCUAUGUGGGUGGGGUAUUCAAGGACAUGUACCUGCGGUUACCGCCGAGCAUAGCUUCCCGAAGCGGGUUCGAAGGUUGCAUGGCUUCGGUGGAUUUGGCGGAUACGUCGCCGAGUUUGACGGAGGACGCUGUGGUGCCGAGUUCGUUGGUCGUGUCCGGAUGCGAGGGACCGACCAAGUGUAGCCAGAAUGCUUGCGCUAACCGGGGGAUCUGUGUGCAGCAGUGGAAUGCGUAUGCUUGCGAGUGCGACAUGACGUCGUUUACCGGACCUACGUGCUACGAUGAAUCUAUCUCGUACGAGUUUGGCACCAAUAAGGGAUUGAUUCAGUACACGUUCCCGCCGGGACGGCAACCGGACACGGAAGAGGACAAUAUCGCCCUGGGAUUCGUGACGACCAAAUUCGAUGCGGUACUGCUACGGAUCGAAAGCUUGACGACGCAGGACUACAUAGAAAUGGAGAUUCUCGAAGGAAAUUUGUUCAUGGUGUACAACGUCGGAUCGCACGACUUUCCGGUGGGCGAGAUCGGCGUCAAAGUGAAUGACAAUAAUUACCAUAUCGUGCGCUUCACCCGGUCCGGAGCGAACGCUACGCUCCAGAUCGACGACUACAACGUCCAAACGCAUUUCCCCACUGGCCACCAAUCGACGACCUUCACGUCAAUGUCCAACGUCCAGGUCGGUGGGAAGAUCAACCGCAACGGACGCGCCCGUAUCGAGCGGCCGUUCAGCGGAGUGAUCGCCGGUCUGUCCGUCAACCGGCUGCGGGUGCUGGACCUGGCGGCGGAACGCGAUCCCCACAUCAACAUGCGGGGCGAUGUACAAUUGGUAACUGGCGUUUUAGAUAGAAAUGACCAAAGAAUGCAGCAGAAUUCUUCGGACAAUUUCAAGACUCCGGCCAGCGGCUAUCCGGGCGUGAUCGAUGAUUUGAUCUUCAGCGGCGCCGGUUCCGGCUGCCGUGGAGACGACGAAGACGAAUGCACACCGCCAUUCGAGACCGGAAGUGGAGACGACAUCAUCACACCGGUCUACGUACCACCGACGAAGCAAACCACGGCGGCCGGUACGGGAGCGGGCAGCGGUGCUGGGAAAGGCGGUCGAAGGAAGGACGAAGGCAAACUGUGUGACGACGAGGAUUGUAUCCACGGGUCCGGGUCCGGAGAGGUAACCGAGGUGUACACCGGUACGACGGCCAAGAGUUCGGAAACGAGUCCCGAAGUGACGUACACGACGGUGGAUUUCGAUAAGAAAACAGAUGGUACGACGACUUUGACGACUCAAGGGCGAUCGGAGACGUAUGCGCCUAGCGAGACGACCCGGGAGAUGGAUACGACGAGCAGCGGUACGACGGGUUACGGUAGUAGUAGUGCAGGCACAAGUGGAUCCAGCUACGGAACAACGGUUUCGAUAGGUACGACAGGAACGACGGGUGGAUCAACCAGUGGAACGAGUAGUCGAACGACGUACACUACGGGUACGGCGUCGGGUUCGAGCACUUAUGGUUCGACAACUCAACAGCAGACACCGUCGGAAACGACGGUCAGCUAUCGUGACCGUGAUCGGGAUCAUAUUCGAGAGACGACCCAACCGCAAACAUCGACCACGACGGAAGAUGACGAGGUUAUCGAUGUUAGAGAUCCGGACGAUGAGGAUGCAGCAGAGGAAGAGCGGCCAAAGAAGGGACGUCGACCACCACCUGUGAAGGUGAUGGAACCACCGAAUCCGGAACCGGAACCACCGUUCAACGCCCAUCCGCCACCCUUUCCACCGACGAGGAUUCCAAAGCACAAAGGUGGUCGAAUCAAUUCGGAGGCCGAGGAGCGAACGGCCAUGAUAAUCGGGAUCGUAGCCGGAGCGUUGAUCGCUGUGAUUUUGGUCAUUUUGUUGGUGUUGUGGAUCAAAUCGAAUGGGGACCGCUCGUAUAAGACGGAGCACGACAAGAGUGGGUUGUACGGACAGGGUCCGAGUGCGGCACUGCUGGGCGGAUCGCAUACCAAUACGCAAAAUUCGCACUACAAUACUCAUCAGCAGCAACAGCAGCAUCUUCAACAGCCACCACACUACAAUGGGAAUGGCGGUGGAGGGGCAGGUGGUGCUGGUGCUGGUGGUGCAGGUGGACAUCACGGUAAUGGUGGCACUAUGCCGUUGAAUGGGUCGUUACGCCACCAUCACAACGGCGGCAACGGCAUGGGCGGAGGUGGCGCCGGAGGAAUGGGAAUGGGCAGCGGUGGCAGUGCGGCCAGUAUGGGUUACAACGGCAGCGAUCGAGGCAGUAUGCAGUCCGGAGGAAUGGGACCGCCGCAGAAGCCGAAGAACCGGAAUUCCAAGGACAUCAAAGAGUGGUACGUCUAGAUCCGCUCACGUUGCACUCACCCACACUCAACAACAACAACAAAUAAAGAACGCACUCACACGCGCAUCAGAGACGUUAUAUUUAUAUGAGUACCACUACUGAGAAUGGAAUACGGCAGACGAUGCGCGAUUCACGCAUACAACAACGGUCACCCACACCAGACUUAUUUAUACCUAUCAUUGAUUAAUUAUAGUCGAUAAUUAAUUAAUAAAGAAGAUUGUGAUGAUAUAAACAAGAGAGAAAAAAAAUUAAGGUUAAGACACAUACCUAUCACUAAACGUUAAAUUAACGGGAAAACAAACUAUGAGGGCAGAAAAUAUAUUGAGCAAAACAAACACAUCCAAGUAGGCCGUAAGCGAAAGUGUACAUAGUAAACAAACCAAAACAAAAGAGAUGCAAAUACACAAAAGAAGUAAAUUACACAAACACACAGACACACAGAGACUAGGCUAACAAGUGCGGCGAGAAUGAAAGUGUGCGUUAUAUAUUAGUAGUGGUGUCCCCAGAAAAUUGCAUUUCCCUUCGGCCCAUGACGGAUAUUCGCUCUUAGUGAGAUAUUUUAAUUGGGACUCUUAUUGUUAUGAGACGCGCGUCGCCUUUGUUUGCGUUAAUCGUGUUCCACCACCUCUCUAAUCGAAAUGUUGUUCUCGUUUGUUUAGAAAGUACGUUUAUAUUGGGAAUAGUUUUACAUAAGAAUCGAAUUUACCCAGUCGAGCAUGAGAAGCUUUUGUCGGUUUUAUGCCUUUAGGAACAGAAACAUAGCAGCGGCCAUUCAACCGUGUGUUCAACAUCCCUUCCGCGCCCGUAGAUGACGUUUUUAUCCAGUUACGAACCCUGUUAUAGGAACCUUCUGUUUGAGAUAGUUUACGAAUCGAAGCAAGCCGUGGUGAACGAGUGAAGCGUUACACACCGACACACACAAACACACAUAUAAAAAUACACUGUCAAAAGAAGUUACAACCGUAAUUGAUAUAUUUGAGAACGACUCACAAAGAAGAUUUAAGCGAGCAAAUUGUUUUUCUGCACAAAUUUAAGACUACUGUAAACUGUAAGUGAAACGCAAAUGAGCAAACAAAAAUCUACCGUAAUUUUGAACUACCUUUAAGAUUCCGAUUACUCAAAACCAAAUCUCUUCAAGAUGAAAUAUACUGCAAAUUACAAGAUGGUAAAUGUUCUCGUUUUUUCGUAUACUCAACUAUAGAAGAAAAAUCUGUUUUUGCCUCCUUUUUCCGUGGAUUUUGUCCCUCCUUUUAUAAACAAACAAAAAAAAAACAUUUUCAAUGUCCCAACUAAUCGAACGAAUCGAUCGAAAAAUGACAACCACUCGCGAGUAGGUAAGAAAGCAAAACCAAAAAACAAAACUAUUUACACAAUCACUAUCACUUAAGUAAGUCAAGAUCAAAUUCUAACAUUUUUUCGCGAGGAAAGCCCAAACUUUGAACCGCCGGAUUACUUUUUUGACGACUUAAAUACUCAUUAGUAUUGGAAAACAACCACCACUACCACCAAUCCAUUCGGCGUUCUUUCUCCCUCUCCUCGGCCUGUGUGCGAGAGAGAGAGUGAGGGAGAGAGGCCAACCUUCUGUCAGAUUAGCAGAGAGCGACCCUACCGAGAAAAGAACUCUAUCUUCUAUAAUUCACACACAAACACUCUUUACAAUGCACGAACCCACACUAGCAGAUUUGCCACAGUAAACAAAUGCACUGACAGACACACUCAGAAACACACUCACACUCGCAAACAACUGUACUCUUUGACAAUGGAAAGUAAUCAGCUAUCGUUGAGCAAUGCCAUUAAAUUACAGUAUUUUUCUUGCUAGGAAAUUACAUUUAUACUUGGAAAAGGAAGCAAACCAAAACAAAAGCGCAUAACCUAGGAUGACAGAACUGCUUGUACGCAACCAGCAAAAAAAAAAAACUGUAUACAAAAUUUACACUUAUAAACACAGCGAAGCAAAAAUCUAAAACGGAAAAAUACUAAAUGUUUUCUCUUUCUCUUACAAAAAAGCAACACGAAUGUAAACAAACCCCAAUCUUCAACCAAACUUAAAGUACAGCAAAUCUUUCUUAUGGAAACAAACGAAAAAAAAAACAAAGUUAGAACGUCAGUUUUGUGUUUUUCUCUGCGCCCCCCAAAACGCGGCUGUAGACAGAAAACCGGAUCAAAAUUUUACGCACACACGCCUCUCUCACUUUGUCUAAUGAUAAACAAACAAAUCGAAAAUAAACAAAACAAGCUCUCUAUUAUAUUAUCGUUUAUUCGUUAUUCUCUCUCUCUCUCUUUCACACAAACUCAUACACUCAAAUACACUUACACAAACACAUACAGACGACUACUCUUACCCGGAGGAGCGCGACUUAGGAAUAUGAGAACCUUAUAUGGAACAACAUAUCAGUUUUUAUACCAAGUCUACUAGGGAAUACCAAUACAACAAUCCGAAAGCGAAUCGAUCAUUCCGAAGAAAGCAGCAACCACAGAAGAAAGUGCGGUUAGAAAAGACUUAUGAACCACUCAAUCCCUGUCGAGAACCCCAAAACAAUCAAAGCAUGCGCGUUUUCUCCUUCAAUCACACCGAUCUGUCACCAUAUGUAGGGCAAUCAUCCGCCGGCCGCUGUGACAGAUUGAUAACUCCCCCAACCCUCGCAAUUGUUCAUUCCCAUCCAACCGUCAGUAGUAGAUUGACCCCAACCGCCGUGCUGCGAAUAAAGCCCCCCCCCCCCUCUUUUUUGUUGAUAAUCUCUCUCUCUCUCUCUAUUUAGAUAGGUAGUUGAAAUAUUUAUCCGCCCUCAGGCACCCCCUCCCCCUCCCACAAUGCAGCAAGGAUGAAUGCACAGAUGGAUU